AUGUCUUCUCAGACAGAGUCUCGCAAACCUCUUCCUCAGCCAGGCGAGUAUUUCGGAAGCUCUCGUAAGAAGGACGUGGAGCACGCUGAGGACAUUACACCGACCAGCCUCACUGUUGCUUCCUUCGGUUCCAGCAGCACCCCCAACCAUCCUGAUAUUCCGGCGGCCUCAAGCAGUGAUCCUCCAAAACCUGUAAGACGCUUCGCCCCUGAACCCGUCGAGACCACCACACGGACGUCAAGAAGAAAGUUUGCUCCAGAGCCUAUAGAAACAACCACAAGAAAUAGCAAAGUCAAAGACACAAACCCAGAGGAUCUAGCCGCCAAGCCACGGCGAAGGUUCGCUCCAGACCCUAUCGAGACAUCUGUCAGGAGCAGCAAGAACAAAAACGUUGAUGAAGCGGACGAGACUCAAACCUUGCGUCCCCGUCGGAAGUUCGCUCCCGAGCCUAUUGAGACUACCAAAGUUACAAGGCGCAGACGACACACGAGUGACUCGGACGACGCCGAUGCGGAAGCCCCAACGUCGGGGGAGUCGCUAGCAUCUAGCAGGACAUCUUCGGGCCCACGAAAAUGGCCUCCUGAGCUCUUGGAAACAGCCAAGGGGUCAUACCGGAGAGUUUAUCCUCCCAAGGAUACUAUUUCAAGCCGGCCACCACCAUCGCCAUCAAUAAGUGAAGAAGAGACUGCAGAUGAGUCCCCCGGCUUGGGUGAGUCACGAUUUUCUGCCGCUGCCCUCGCUCGCAAAUUGUCGAGCCAGAGCCGGCAACACUCUUUCCAAGUCCCGGACCUUCCUAUGAUUGAAUCCACGACGGAGGAGUCCGAGACGCCAUCUCUAAGCGACUCACCGUCAUCAAUCGAAACAGAUCACAGACAGGAAGAUAAUCUCCCUCGUCAGAACGACAGCUAUUCUGAAUAUGUCCUUCGUCUCGCCUCCGAAACCGUAACCGAAGAAGAACUUCGGCAAGCCGCUAUGGCUGCCUACAUCAACGAACGCCCGCAUGAACCUGUAGACCAUUUCGCCAUCAGCCAUGAAGAUGAUGACGAUGGGCCCUUGCCUGUGUCCAAGUUUCAGGGCGAGGAAGGGACCAAUGUUCAAACAUUUCGACGAUCGUCGGCUGCGGAAAUGACGCUGGAAUUGGAGGGAAUGCGAAAACAUCACGAACAGCUGGAAAACGCGAAGAAGGGCUUGAGAGCGGAUGCUCCCGGUCAGAGUCGCUUCAGUGCUGCAGCACUUGCGAUGAGGCAGAGCAAAGACACCAAGGUACUGCAGAAAACAAAGAAACCCAAACCACUCGACGAGGAUUCGGAGCUUGCUAGAAUGCGAGCUGCAGCAUCUCCCCCCAUGUUGGGCGAGGACCUUAUUUUCCCUUUCACUAUAUCGCCGAAAAUGACCCGGUGUGACCCAGAUCAGCCUCCGAGACCACGCACCGCCGACAGCGACGAUGAAUCAACGGAUGCGGUCAGUCCUCAGCUGUGGAAAUCGAACAACAAACCCAGAAAUGAUGCCGGCGGAGGUUUAUGGAUGGGCAUGUGCCAAGCCGGCAUGUGGCAGUCUCAAAAUUCACAGCGUGGUCUACGCAGCGGCAUUCAGACACCACUGCCUCAGACCCCUGCCGCGGAGAGGUGGAAUCCCUUUGACACCCCGACAGUAGGACGGGAUUCGCUCACAUCUGGUCGUGGAGCUCAAACCCCUGGUCGACGACGCCCGUUGUCAGGCAUGUCGUUCCUGCCACUCACGCCGCCUCGCAGCCAGGAUGGCGACGAAUUCACCAGCACAAUAGACAAGAAGCUGCAGCUGGAGAAGCAGAUCGAAGAGGAAUUUCCCGCGCGAGUCAUUACCCAGAUCUACAACUAUUUGAGUCUUGGUUACCCUAGCCUUGCGCACAUGUUUGAUGAGGAGCUGAGCAAGAUCAGCAGGAUUCCACUUGACGAGUUGCGCAAAGACGACCGCCGAGCAGAUGCAAAGGGCUAUGUCGGCGCUCCGGAAGGAGAUGGGUGCAAUGAAAGUGAGGUCGUCGGUGGCAAGUGCAAACGAUGGGAGGCCUUGAGACUGUAUGUCCACGAAUGGGCAAGACAGAGUCCAAACUUCGCAGAUGAGAGAAAACGUGUCGUCCUCGGGGCAGAUGAAGACUGGGGUGCCCGGGCAAGAAAAGGCAGUUGGGGGCAGUGA